UAAUCCAACUUUUUGUUUGCGGAGAUAUUGUGAUUCUGUGAUAAAAAUUUCGCGGUAAAAGAAACAAACACUGGGGGCUUGAAUACUUUGGUCUGGUCACGAACCAAUCAACCAAUUAUUUUGCGUGGUCUCAGUCACGUGGCAUGUAAAUGAUAUGAUCGUUGCGAUGAACGCAAAAAAUGGCGUCUGAAAACUGCAGUUAUUGUACUUUCAGGUAGUAGAGCCAAACACUUGAAAAUCCGUCGAGUAUUCCACAAUAUGAGUUUCUUGCUUUGGAAAAGAAAAGGGAAAAUGAUCUUGACACACCAAGCUUGUUUAAUGGCAAAUGGAUAAAAGUUCGUGAACAUCAACCAAGGUUUUGAUCUAAGCUUCAAGAUGAAGGACGAUGUCAAGGUUGAGAGCAGUGGUGGAACAGAAACAGCUGCCACUUUUGAAGUACUAGUUUCUAUGCCAGACAGAAAAAUCAAGAAACUUUAUCAUUUUGAUGUUCAGGACAAAGUAUGGAAUGCAAAGUUAAAUGUGAUUAAUGAUUUAAUCAAGAAUGUGAAAGAUGCUGUGAACUAUGGAUUCUAUGACCCACCAUGCAAUGGAAAGUCUGGCAAGUUUCUUGAAGAAGAAAGAUUAUUUACUGAUUAUCCUUUAUCAGGAUCACCUCCAGUUCUUGAGUUCAAAUACAAAAGAAGAAUUUACCGUUCCUUGGUAUAUGAACAGAAGACUCUACAAAAAGUAAAUGUAAAGGCAAAUCAGAAGAAGUUCUUGGAGCUGGUCUCCUCUGGUGCAGUUAGCCAAGUGGGAAAGAUGGCUGAGAAAGGAAUUGAUCCUAAUUUUCAUGAUGAUCGCACCGGAGAGACACCACUAACGGUAGCUGUGACAAAAGAGAAUGCAAGGGAAAUGAUAGUCACCCUAGUAAAUGGAGGAGCAUUGCUGGACUACAGGACACACGAUAGUCAGACUCCUCUUCACAGAGCAGCAAUAGCUGGAAAAGCAAUUUCUGUCAAGACCCUUUUGGAUUUUGGAGCAUCACCAAACUACAAAGACUUGAAAGGCCUCACACCAUUAUUCUACACAGCAGUUUAUGGUGGGGACCCAUACUGCUGUGAGACUCUCCUUAAUGAUCAAGCUGAGCUGCACACUGCUGACCAUCAGGGCAAGCAGGAAAUACACUUGGCUUGUAAAAAUGGGCUUGUUCAACACUUGGAGCACUUGCUGUUUUAUGGAGCUCAGAUUGAUGCUCGCACUGCAUCAGGCAACACAGCAUUACAUGUGGCUGCUCUCAGUAAUCAGGAUGAAUGCGCCAGAGUUCUGUUGUUCAGAGGGGCAAAGAGAAAUAUCUUGAACUAUGCCAACCAAUCUGCAUACGAGGUUGCCGCUGUAGGUGGGAAUAAAGAGAUUGCUGAGUUAAUAAAGAAUUUCAGUGAGAAGGAUAUAGUCAAAUUCUCGGGAAAACCGAACUACAGCACCCGUCGUCGUAAAUCUGUUUCCAAGCCGAAGGCAUCGUCGUUGUUUUCUCGGACACCUUCGGAAACUCAAUUGUCUGUCAAGAGCGACUCGUCGCCGCCGUCGCCUGGUUCGUCAAUACACAGUCUUCCAUCUACCACGGCCUCAGAAACAGCAUCGGUCGACGAAUCCACCGUAACAAUGAAUGGCGAUACCGAAAUCCAUAAUGGAUCCCGCAUGAAUCUCAAUAGAACUUUAUCAGCGAGUUCCACGGCGUCUGACUCUUCGUACGGUUCGGAGUCAGACUCCGGCGAAAUGUCCCCACGCGACCAUGAGAAGCGGAAGAAAAGAAGAUGGCGUCAGUAUUCAGAGCCAAACAUCGCACAGAAACCUGCUGUACCACCCGUUAAGGCAGUAUCCGGUGCAGCAACAAUACGAAAACGACUCUACGCUAGCGUACCUGGUAGACGUUUUGUGGCUAUUAAGGAUUAUAGACCAUUAAUGGCUGGAGAACUGGCGCUCGAGAAGGGCGAUGAAGUGGAAGUUUUGUUCGUUGGCGAGAAAGGCUACUGGGAAGGUCGAGUGGGAAAUUCAACGGGCUGGUUUCACCAUUCAUAUGUCGAAGAAAAGAAAGGAAAAGGGAAACCCAGACCAAAGACGAUGUUUGCGCGGCCACCGCCACAGGCCAAAAGUAAUUUUCAAGACUUGAACCACGUUGGCUCAAACAACUCUGCCAAAGCUCCUCGGAUUGUAACUUUACACAGGAGCAGUGCUGGUUUUGGCUUUCAGAUGAGAGGAGCCAAUUCGCAAGUUCCGCGACUGAAUUUUGAGCCCACUGCUGAGUUUCCAGCUCUUCAGUACUUUGGAGAACUUGAAGCAGGUGGACAGGCAGACUUGAUAGGUAUAAAGGCAGGAGACUUUAUAUUAGAGGUCAAUGGCGAGGAUGUGAGAACAGCGACGCAUGGCCACGUGGUAGCGUUGAUUCAAAAGAGUGGCGAGUUGGUUAAUUUGAAGAUAGUAACAGCUAAGAGUCCUGCGGUAAAUGGAACUGAUCAUACAGAUGGUAAAGGUUACAAACCUCCUCCACCUCCUCCAAACCGCGAUCCAUCUACAACGCUGACUCUGGGUCGGAUGAGCACGCUUUCUUCCAGUCGACCCUCGCUUUUUGAGAUGAGCAUGGGUGAAAGCUUCGAAGAACCUACCAGUUACCGCGUGGACAGUGUCAUUACAGUUUCAAAGGAAAACCGCUGGCACAGUCUUCAGCGGCAAAAGCCUCAGGCUCGUAAACCAGUUGGAGUUCAAAUGAAAUCGCAAACGUUAGUCAAACGAAGAUCAAGUGGGGACCUAAAGGGCGCAGGAAAAAUCGGUUAUCAAAGAGCGCAGUCAGUGCACAGUAUGUUACCUCCCGCAUAUGAAUCUGUGAUUGGUAAGCGGCCUCUCUCAGCUGCCGUACCAGUGGACAUGCCUGUUGUGCCUGAUGAUCGCAGACUGCCGCGUUCAAUGUUGGUAGAUAACACCACGCUAUCAAAACAUCACUUAACGGCCAAGUCGACUCCUAAUCUAGACAAACCAAUAUUAGAUAAUGGCUUAAACAAUGGCUAUGGCCCCCUUCCAAUGGAAGUAAGACGUGAAUCUAUGCAUGGACCGUAUAACUACCAUACUUUGGACCGAAACAAAACGAGAGCAGUAGGUUCUACCAAAGUGGAGGCUGUUGUUGCCACACCUGUUAAAGCCACCGUUGCUGCUGUGCAGAGCGCCGAGGCCAAGCCCGAGAUAACAGUCGUAGCAACUCCAGUGGAAGUAGUCGAAUCGACGCCGACAAUCCAAUCAGAUACCCCGAGGGCACCAGUUAAAACUUCCAGUGAAGCCCAGGCUACAAGGAACAAGGCCGAGAAGCCCCCUGUUCCCCCUAAGCCACGAACUUUAUCUGAUGCUCUUCAAGAAGCUGUGGCAGCAAGAAAUCAACGGAUGAGUCGGAAGUCGUCUGCUCCGGAAAUUGAGGUCCCAUCGUCUGUUGUGGUGACGAAUGCAAGAGGUAGAAGAGUAAGUACUCCAUCAAAAUUAAAUCCUCGUAACAUGGGGGAUGCAUCUCAGAAAGUUCGCAGCGACAUAAUGACGAGGCUUGAAGAGAAAUUCACGGAAGACGAUGGUCAGGUAGAGACGGGAGGAAGUGAACGAUUCCAUACGCUGCCUCGACAGCAGCAGAAGCCAUACCGAAUUAAUAAAGAAAGUUCCAUCCCCACCGCAGUGGAUGACCAAAGCGAUUCAGAUAAGAAGGGACUUGUGAUGGCUUCUUCAGAUGAUAUCCUCCGUCGUUACACGUCUCCAACGCGUGACAUGAAUAGACAAUCCUCUUUGGAUGCCACGGAGGCUGUCCUCAGGAAUACCAAGACAGGGAAUGAGAAUUUUCAGAGACAGUUGUCGGAACCAGUCGGCUUCGAUCGUCAACCGAGGGCGCAGGCCCUUGUUAAACCGCCUGCUGUGCCAUUACAACAGAUACAGCUUGGUAUUCGGGGCAAGCCUGCGGUUCCGCCUCCACCUUCUAUUGCGCCGAAUAAGGACAUUCCCUCGACACCUGUCAGAAAGGGGGUGAUCACAGCAGAUGCGCUAUCCGCUAAGAAAUCAAAACUGAAAUCUACAGCCAACGAGAACGAGAUUUCUUCAAAUGCAAAAGGAGCUUCGGCGUCAACGUCUAGUACAUCGCCUAAUCUUGCCACACAGCAUUCAGACUUACUAGCAAAGGCUAUAGCUGCGCGCGCAGCUCGCAUUUCGACCCAGUCUCAUGCAGACGCAGAUUUGAAUCCAGUAGGAAAAACCGAGAGUUCGUCUAGUUAUGUUGGACAAACCGAGAGUUCAUCGAAUUAUGUUGGUGUUCAGAAAGGGCCUUACCCGAAAGAACUGAAUAAUAACAAAAUAAAAUCUCCAAUGGAAGUGAGAGUAGUUAAUUCUCGUGGUAAACCCUCUCCUCCUGUCGCUCCCAAGAAGCAAUUUAGUUCCCCAGAUUUAAGGCAACGAAAAUACAACGAAACUGAAUUUACAGAUCGAAGAAAGGCAUCUUUGAACGUUGGUAAUCACUCACCAAGAAUUGGGGAAGAACGGUCUCUGCCGUUUGAAAUACCUGCUCCGGUUUUGUCAGAGGAGGACAAGUCUGUCAUGUUUUUAGACGAAGUCAUUAGGAAGGAAGCGGAGAGUGAAAAUUGGAGUUUGAAUUCUUGGAACAGUGGCACAGGAAGCGAUUCAAGCAGUGAGGUAUUUGUUCCUCCGCCGGUAUGGCCUGCGGAACAAAAUAAAGACUCAGAAAAUCUAUUAAAGCCGUGGUACGAGUGUAGCUCUCAAUCAGAAGAAAGUAUACUUGCGAAAACCUCUGAGCCAGAGAAAGUAACAAAGACUAUUACAACCAAGAAAGGUUUUCAGAUUAAGUUGACUAUUGAGUCGAAGCGAGACGACUCAUCGAAAGUAGUGAGAACUUCUUCUCGUACGGAUUCUAGUGAUAUGGAUGUUUCCGAACCACUGACACCCAAAGUUGAGGAGUCGGCGAGAACUGUUUCACCGAAAGAAAUGCUUUCAAACAAGGCGGUCCCUCAAGAAUCCGAUCUUGAUGAGGAGUUAAAAACACCAGUAGCAGAAAAGGGAAGUGGGAAAAGUCGCUUUGAAUUACCUCCACCGCCUGAUUUAUUUACAGACAAAGACGAACCAUAUGUGCUGCUAGAUUCACCACCUCUACCUCCCCCUCUUGAAUUUUCUCCGACGGAAUCCAAAACACUGGUGUUUAAUCCAAACGAAGAUACAGAGAACAGAAAUUGCGCCUCCCCAUCGGCAGAAAGUGAUGAUAGCUGUAAGGAUUCGGUAACGUAUUCGGAUAUAACGUCCAUAUUUGGUGGAUAUUCACGGCCGAUGCAACCAUUCUUGGAGAAACCAGUGCUAGACUGGGAUUGCAACGAUGUGUGCGGCUGGUUGGAUUCCAUAAACAUGGCUCAAUAUAAAGAGACCUUCAGGGAAAACGACAUCCAGGGAAUCCACCUUCCUGAGCUAACAAAGGCUGAACUGCGCGAACUGGGAGUUAAGAGCCUGGGACAUAGAAUGACUCUGGAGAACGCGAUAGCGAGGCUUUCUCAGCCAUUGGAAUCAAACUGUUAACUUAGCGUUGGCUUUUCUGGUUUCAUUCUGCAGAAAAAACUGGUCCUAAUUUUAACCACUUAGUGUAUCUCGUUGGGAAUGGCCUCUAUUUACAUCAGUGGUGCUGGUUGAUAUUUUGGACGAUGUAUACGGGCCUUCGCUCUUGCACACGAUUCUUUGUAGAAUUAUAGCUAAAUUUGUAUGGAAUUUUGUUGUUACAUACGGCUGCCCAAACAUUAUUUAAAGCGUACAUUUUUUCAUGUAAAUAUUUCCAUCAGUUAAAAAAAGGUCUUUUUUCAUUUACUAUUUUUCCAUUCACGGAUUAUGGAGAACGAAAUCUUUUCAUUCGCAUGUUUGCGUUCAUUUUAACAAAACAAACUUGACCAAGCACUCGGUAACGUUUCUAAAAGUAAUUUCAUUUCGUUCAAUGCUUCGUGGAAUGUUGUUUGCAGGAAAAGUAAGUUACUGCUUCUUCAUGUGCACGAACUUAAAUGAAAAGCGGUCAAUUUUGCAUCAAAUCAUAUCGGCCAACAUGGGCCUAGUUUCCACACUAAGGCCCAGUCAGAGGUCGUGAGUUUAAAGAGAUCGCCAUCAUUUCUUCAGUGUGGACAGUUCGCUGUAAUAAUUAAUGGUCGAAUAAUAACUAGGAAAUGGAAGUAUAACGUAUCACUCUGUGGCCUAUUUUUCGCAAUCGAACACCUGACGUCCUUAAUUGUGGCUUCACUUUGGGGUGUAUUUGUUAAUAUCAUCAACAAUCUAGACACAUGUUUGCCAAACAGGUUAUGUUAUUUGGGUAUGUGACGUAUGGGUACCUAAUGAUGAAAAUAAAUUCACAUUCUACUUUACCUUAUUAGCGUGGACAGAAGGAGUGCUAUGGACCAUCGAUCAAGGGUAGCCUUUUUAAACGUCCAAGGGUCCGUGGGGUAUUUUCAUAUUCAGCAUUUUAUUAUUUAAAAGUAGAGAAAAUUGACUUGGAUCCAAAAUCAAUUUGUCAAUUCAAUUUGCAAGUAGCAGUAGAUUGCCGUUGAACGUUUUGUAGUCAUAAAUGAAAUCGUUGUAAUUACUGGUGAUCAAGGGUUCCAAGUUGGGUAGGUCUUGCUCUUUAAAUUUUUAAAGACAUACUAAGGCCUGAGUUGUUGACUCCCUUAGAGUUUAGUAUUAUAUUGUAAAUGUUCAUAUCGUUAGACUUGCAAACAUUUAUUUUUGCAUGCAAUAAAAUUCUGUAUUUUUAAAGUA